AAAAAGAUGAAAGUGUUUGUUUUGUUAUGAAUGUUGAGAAAAGUAUGGCCAAGUGUUACUCAUCCUAUUUUGCUUUUCUUUUUCUCUCGGGUUUCACUUUUUAAAGGUCGUGAAGAUUGGGAAUCACUGCUCUGCAUGCGCCCUAGAAUCAGCAAGUCUAAAGCAAGCAAUAAGCAUGGUGACUCCGAAGCAGAUCGAUUUCUCUUCCUGUGUUGGUGCUGAUAACUCCAACGGUACCCUCUCCCAUCGAAGAUCUCCACGGAAUAUUCCUUCCUCAAAGCGUGCUGCUUCCGUCGCAGAAGAAGAGACUAUGAAGAAGAAGAUGAAGAUGAAGAAGAAGAAGAAGAAAUUGGAUCCGCCGUUGAUCGUCCGGAUCUGGAACGAGGAAGAUGAGCUCUCUAUCUUAAAGGGGUUAGUUGAUUACAGAGCUAAGACAGGAUUCAAUCCCAAAAUUGAUUGGGAUGCGUUUUGUAGUUUCCUCGGAAGUUCUAUCGUUGAGAGAUUCUCCAAGGAUCAGGUUUUGAGUAAAAUCAGGAAGUUGAAAAGGAGGUUUCAUGUUCACUCGGAGAAAAUCAAUCAAGGGAAUGAUCCCAAAUUUACUAGGUCUAGUGAUUCUGAAGCCUUUGGGUUUUCUUCGAUGAUUUGGGGACAAGGUGAUGAUGAUGGUAUGGAUAAGGAGCACGAGGUAAACGGAAAUGGUGCAGCGGAAAACCGGACUAACGAGAGCGGGGAGGAGAUGUUGAAGGAGCACGAGGAGGAAGUGGCUAAUACUGAACUUUUAAAUGAGAAUGGGGCAGCCAAAACAACAGAGAAUGGGACUAGUAGUGGAAAAGAGAGACAUGAUGAGGACAAUGAUGAUGAUGAUGAGUUAUGCGCGGUGCAGGAUGCAUUUGAGGCGGUGAUGUCGCAAGGUUUAAGUGGUUAUCAAAAGAAGUUGCAGCUUGAGAAGCUGAUGAACCUUGGAAAUGGUAAAAGAAGAGAGUUGAGUGAUGAAUGGAAAGCGUUAUGUGUUGAGGAAACAAGAUUCAAUAUCAAGAAGCUUAGAUUUUCCGCCAAGCUUGCAGAGGCAGCUAAUGAUAGUUAGAUGAAACCAAUAUGCCCUUGUAGCAUUUGGUGUUGUUUAGGUUCUUAGUAAGUCAUAAGCUCUAGUCUGUUCAGUGUAUUUAUCUUUGGAUCCUGUCUUUCUUCUACUUGGGCAAGUGUUUGUAAGAUAUUCCACUUUUUACUCAAGUAUCCACAAGAGCCAAUGUAGUAGAGUGGCUUGUGCAAGAGUCUAGAGUCUAGGGUUAAUAAUGUGCUUUAAGGCAUGCUUGUGUGUGUGCCUAAGAGUGUAGUGAAGUAGUAUAAGUAAGAGUGUGUGUGUGUCUUGUAAUAUUAUCCAAGAUAUUAACAAUGUAGAAGAUUAAAAGAAAAAUGGUUUUUGUUCUUACUCUCUAAGACAAUGAAACCUUAAGAGUUAUAUCUUACCAAAUAAAA